CGAAAGUGAUGACAGUCAUUGACUUACGUGUACUGUUUUCAUAUUUGACAUUAACGAAGCUUUAAAUAUACUACAACACAUUAAGAAAUACAGAAUAAUAACAAAUAAAGAUGGUGACAUUAAAAGAAAAACAAAUAGGUGCUAUAAAGCAGAUGCUCAACUUGAAUCAAGUUAUAUCAAAAACAGUACCUGCAGAACCAGUAUGGAAAAUACUUAUUUAUGACAGAGUUGGUCAGGAUAUUAUCUCCCCAUUGAUAUCAAUUAAAGAACUUCGAGAGAUGGGUGUUACUUUACAUGUUCAAUUACAUUCCGACAGAGAUUCCAUUCCAGAAGUGCCAGCUAUAUAUUUUUGUGCUCCCACAGAAGAAAACUUAGGACGCAUAGGACAAGAUUUACAAAACGGAUUAUAUGAUACAUAUCAUUUGAACUUCAUCUCACCUAUUUCAAGAGGCAAAUUAGAGGAUUUAGCAGCUGCUGCCAUUCAGAGUAACAGUGUUGCUAAUAUCCAUAAAGUUUAUGAUCAAUAUUUGAAUUUUAUAUCGUUGGAGGAAGAUUUAUUUAUACUGAAACAUCAACAUAGUGAUGCUUUAUCAUAUUAUGCAAUAAAUAGAGGGGAAAUCAAAGAUAAUGAAAUGGAAACAAUAAUGGAUUCUAUUGUAGAUAGCCUUUUUUCAGUAUUUGCUACAUUGGGAAAUGUACCAAUAAUUCGAAGCCCGCGAGGAAAUGCUGCAGAGAUGGUUGCUAAAAAGUUAGAAAAAAAAUUACGGGAAAAUUUGUGGGAUACAAGAAAUAAUCUAUUUCAAAUGGACACAUCACAAGGAGUUGGAGCAUUCAAUUUUCAAAGGCCAUUAUUAAUUAUUUUAGAUAGAAAUGUUGAUAUGGCCACACCAUUGCACCAUACCUGGACUUACCAAGCUUUGGCACAUGAUGUGCUAGAUUUAGCUUUGAAUCGAGUUGUUGUAGAAGAAAGUGCUGGUAAAUCAGCUUCAGGAGGAGCCAAAGCUAAAACUCGGCCGUGCGAUUUAGAUUCCAGAGAUCGUUUUUGGAUGGCUCAUAAAGGUAAUCCAUUUCCCACUGUUGCUGAGGCAAUUCAAGAAGAAUUAGAAACUUAUAGAGCAUCAGAAGAAGAAGUAAAAAAACUUAAAUCUUCAAUGGGUAUUGAUGGUGAAACAGAAGCUGUAUUUUCAAUGGUCAAUGAUAAUACUGAGAAAUUAACAAAUGCUGUUAAUUCAUUACCACAAUUGAUGGAAAUGAAAAGAUUGAUCGAUAUGCAUACCACAAUAGCAACAGCUAUUCUUAAUUUUAUCAAAAAUAGGAGAUUGGAUUCAUUUUUUGAAAUAGAAGAAAAAAUUAUGUCGAAAAGUACUUUGGAUAAAAGUAUUCUCGAAAUAUUAACUGAUGCUGAAUCAGGUUUGCCAGAAGACAAAAUGAGACUAUUUAUAAUAUAUUAUAUAUGUACCCCUCAGAUGUCAGAGGCAGAAUAUAAAAAAUAUGAAACAGCUCUUAUUAAUGCUGGUUGCGACAUGCAACCGUUGUUGUAUAUAAAACGAUGGAAAAGUCUUACAAAAAUGGUAGCAGCACCAAGUCAAUAUGAAGGCGGUGGUACUAAAACCGUAUCUAUGUUUUCUAAGUUGGUUUCACAAGGAUCAUCUUUUGUAAUGGAAGGGGUCAAGAAUUUAGUUGUUAAAAGACAUAACUUACCGGUUACUAGAAUUGUUGAGCAGCUUAUGGAAUGUAGGACUGGUGGAGAAACUGAUGAUUAUCACUAUUUAGAUCCAAAGUUAUUAAAAGGUGGUGAAUUUCCAAAAGGUCGAGCUCCAUUUCAAGACGCUAUUGUGUUUAUUGUUGGAGGUGGAAAUUAUAUAGAAUACCAAAAUUUGGCCGAUUUUAUUAAGCAAAAGGCUGGUAGCGGUACAACACGAAGAAUAAUAUAUGGAUCUUCAACUUUAAAUAAUGCCAAGCAGUUUUUGAAACAACUGUCACUUUUAGGACAAGAAAUACAAAAGAGUAUUGCCAACUUGAGUAUGGAUAGGAGUGAAGUUAAGUAUGAGUUAGGUACAUGA